AUGAAAAGAGUCUUCCUCCGAUAUUCUGAAAUUCCAUUCACGUCAGCCUUGUUCGCUCUUCGCUGCCAUGAAAACCAUUUUUGUUCGAAAUUUUCAGAUUAUUUAAAGUUUCUCUGGAUUUCUAAUGAAGAAUUCUUCUGCAAUAAGGUUUUGUUUCAAUCGAUAGAAUUAAGCGAAAAGAAAAAAAAAACGUUUUAUGAUACUUUUCAAUUGUUAGAACAUGAUACAGAGGUAUAA